AUGGAAUUUAUUCGCACAAAUUUUCUAAUUCAAGAUGAAGAAACACAUUUUAACACAUACCCAGAGAUUAAUUACAAUUAUGAUGAUUUUUGUCCUAAUUUUCUGCAAGUUUUUUACGAGAGGGCUAAUGAGAGGUGCGAUGAGGGAUGGGAUUGGCAAGUGUGGCAGAAUGAGAUGAAGGAGGAGACUGAAUCGACGAAUUUGAGUUACAGUGAAGAAGAUGUCCUGUCCCCAGCAGUAACACGAAAAGAGCGUACAGCGUUCAGCAAAGCACAAAUACAAAGUCUGGAGACAGAGUUUGCGCGAGCCAAUUAUCUUACACGAUUGCGAAGAUAUGAAAUUGCAGUCGCACUCAAUCUAACUGAAAGACAGGUAAAAGUUUGGUUUCAAAACAGAAGAAUGAAAUGGAAACGCACUAAAGGAACUAAAAACGCAAAGAGAAAGAACUAA